CGCACCUGGUUCCAGGCGGCCGCAGGAUUAGGCUUCUCUCCUGCCACGAUUGCGUAGAACCGCUUGGGGAGCUUUGAAAGAACACGACGUCGGGACCCAUCCUUGACAAUUUCGAUUAAAUUGGUCAGGAGUGAGGCCUGGGCCUCGAUACGGAGCAGCCCCUCAGGUGAUUUUAAUGUGCAGACUGGCCGAAGAGCCACAUGUUUCAGCGCCAGCUAUUGAGUAAAGAGCUCGUGGUUUAGCCCCAGACUCCUCAGUGGCUUGGGAGGGGCGGGUGGUGCUAAGGUGAGGUCGCUGAUCCUCCAGUGCUGCUGUAGUAGUGACCUGUGGGGGAGGGAGAGGGGGAAGGUCCCUCCCCCAGGAAGGUGAAAGUUCAUUUCCAGCGUGAGGAGGAGGAUAAGCCUAUUACUAUUUGGAGUGGAGGGUGUCCCACUGCCCCCAAGCCAGGGGAGGCCUCCUGCCAGGGCUGGACCCUGCAAUGGGCAGGGAGACAAAGCAGGUGUGAAACAGGAAAGGCAGCGGACAAUUCAGAGGUCCUCUGCUUGUUGAGAAGAGGACACACCUAAUAGUUCGUGCAGGGUGUUACACCUCUUCAUUUCAUUGGAUGCUUCUGAGGACAGGUAGAGACUGGAAUUGUUUUCUCCUGCUUCACAGAUAUAGGAACAAACUCAGGUAGCUAGUUAGUAGUGAUAAAGUUCAGAUUGACUCAGGGUUCCCAACUCCAAAUUAUGCUUAUUAGCAGCCUUUUCCCUCUGCAUUAAACUGCUUCACACAGUCACUAAUCCUUUUGGAGAGAAUCGGCACCCACCCUCCUGAUGCCCCUCAUUCUAGGAUCCCCAUCCCGCGUUCUUGGUUUCCUCCACCAAACCCACCAGCCCCCUACCACUAUAGAUUGGUUCACAAAUCAGGGAGAUGCUACUGUUUCCAUCCAUUCUAGUUCUUUAUCUUCCAGAAGCCCGAUGGGUCGAGAGGAGUGAGUUUUCAUGUGGGGGGAUUCCUUCCAAACUGAUGUGGCUCUGUCACCUCACUAACCCGCAGUGCCCCCCCCCAUCCCAUUGUCCUCAGGGUAGACUCUUGUGUGUGAUUUAUGGAGCCCCCUGAUCUGCUGUCUUUCUACCUCCUUGCCCUGAGCUCUCUUUCUAUAGCUCUCUUGUAUUCGCUUUCCUUGGCACAUGGUACAAGCUUAAUAAAUGUUGCUUUUUUUUUUUUAUUGUUGCUUUUUGUUAUCACUCUUCCCCUUUGUGCACCUGUUGCCUUGCAGUACAUGUUUUAUUCAGGGCACAUCAGGGUUCUCCUGGUUGCCUCUUUCUGACUCCCACAGCCAAGGUGAACGGAGGUGCAUAGUGGGAUUUGGGGGUGGCGGCGGGAUUUAGGGCUGCUGCUCUUCCCUAGUUCUGUGGAUGCCCAAAUUGGCCUUUUAGGGGCAAAUUGACUCAGCAGGCAUUCACUGAGCACCUACUGUGUGAAGGAGCCUGGUGGAAGCAGGGAGUAGAAAACUGGGGUCUGACCUGGCUCUGCUCUUAAGGAGCUUGGGUGCUGGUGGAGGGUAUGGGAGGCAUCUGGGUCCUGAUAAAGGAGGAAGGGGAAAGAAUACCUGACUAGGUUUACUUGGGAAGGCUUGUGCCACUGAACUGGGCCUUGAAUCAGCAGGAUUUGAUUAGAUGGUGGUGGGGUUGAGCAUAGUGACAUGAGAAAUGCUGGGAUUUUUUUUAGUCAAAGACGCUGGUUUUGAAUCUUUGCUCCAGUACCUAAUAGCUUUUUGAUUUAUUUAACCUCCAGAGCAGAGCAUUGGUUUCUUCGUUUAUAAAAUGAGAUGGAAAUAGUAACAAGAGUUGUAAGGAUUCUUAAUGAUAGAUGUGAAAGCCAGACAUACCCAGAUGCCUGAGAAAUGAUAUGUAGUUACAUCUAGGGUAUUUUAAGUGGAAGGAACAGCAUGAACAAAAGUGUGGAGGUGGCAUUUAAAAGAAAAUUUGAGGGAUGGCAGGAUAUACCAGGCAGCAAGAGGCAUCAGUGUUGGGUGCUGGAGAGACUACUUAAGUCAUGGAUUGGACAGAAGGGGACACUGAGUGAAUGAAACCUUUUAAAGAUCAUGAAACCACACUUCAGAGACAUGAAAAAGAAUAACAGUAGCUACUGUUUGUUGAAGAUCUCCUAUGUGCCAGGCACUGUGCUUGGUGCUUUAUAUUCCUUUUGUGUUCCAGCCCUGCAGCAAUUCAAGAGGUUGGCAUCAUCCCCAGUGCUCGCUUCGGCAGGCACAUAUACUAAAAUUGGCAUCAUCCCCACUUUAUAGAUGAGACCAAGGCCCAGGGAGAGAGAAAUGCUGGCUCAAAGCCACAUAACUGGGACCAUCCCAGCACGAGGGUGGAGUGGGCUCUGGGGACCUCCAACAGAUGCUCUUGCCAGGUGCCAAGCUGGGGGUGGCAUUGGCUGGGUUACAGGAUAUUUCACCGGGCUUAUGCAAUGAGGUUGGUGUGGGUUCCAAGCUAUUCCUCCCCUGGAGAGGCAGGGCUGUUGUUCUCUGCUGGGAAGUAUUGAGGGUGGGGAGGAUAAGAAGGGGAAGGUGUUUCUUGAGGGAGGAGUGGAAUCUGGAAGAGAAACUGGCUGCAGUGGCCCUGCAUACUCCUCCGCCAGCUCUCUCCUGGGCCGAGGCUUACCUGGACAGGUUGCCCUGACUCCAACUCUGGCCUGUGGCUGGGGCUUGUAUCUGGCACUCUUGAACUGUGCAUGUGUUCCUGCUAUUUGUAGACUCUCCUCUCCUGACAUAUCAUAUCUUUUCUCUCAAAUUCCCUUACCAUGGGAAGGAGCCAGAUUACCAGGAUAUUCCCUUGCUCCUACUCCAAUCUUUUAUGAGUGAGCCCAAGAAAAAGCCAGUUUCUGAACAUCUUCCAUGUAACAAUGCUGGGGGCAUCUGGACAUUCCUUUCAUCGUCCCUACAUUCCUUUGAAGGAUAGGCAUUAUUAUUCCCGUUCUACAGGUGUGGACACCAAGGCUCAGAUAGGGUAAGUCACUCGAGGUUGCGUUUUUAGUAGGAAACACAGUUAGGAUUUAAACUCAGCCUCUCCUGAUGGCAAAAGUCAUGCCUUUCUCAUGUCACAAUCCUCUGAGGUUUUCUUUUUCUUUUUUUUUUUCCUCUGAGGUUUUCUACCAUUACUCCAGCACUAGUGCAGGGAGCCAGCUGGUGGCAAGGCCAGGGGCUUGCCUGCAGGGUUCAACUCCAGCAACCAGGGGACAAGGAUGGCCAGACUGCUCUUGGAAGUGAGCGUUCCUCAGUGUUCCUGGGGCUGACACUGAGCUGGCAGCCAUGGGGCUGGGCAGGCUCCAGGCCUGGAUGCUGGGCCUUCCUACAGCUGUGGUCUAUGGCUCCCUGGCCCUCUUCAUCUCUAUUCUGCACAAUGUGUUCCUGCUUUACUAUGUGGACACCUUUGUCUCAGUGUACAAGAUCAACAAAGGUGCCUUCUGGGUUGGAGAGACGGUGUUUCUCCUCUGGAACAGCCUCAACGACCCCCUCUUCGGCUGGCUGAGUGACCGUCAGUUCCUCAGCUCCCAGCCCCGGUCGGGUGCCAGGCUCUCCUCGAGGGCUGUGGUGCUGGCACGGGUGCGGGCCCUGGGCUGGCAUGGGCCGCUGUUGGCACUGUCGUUCCUGGCAUUCUGGGUGCCCUGGGCCCCAGCUGGCCUGCAGUUCUUGCUGUGCCUGUGUCUCUAUGAUGGCUUCCUGACGCUCAUCGACCUGCACCAUCAUGCCUUGCUGGCUGACCUGGCCCUCUCUGCCCACGACCGUACCCACCUCAACUUCUACUGCUCCCUCUUCAGUGCGGCUGGCUCCCUCUCUGUCUUUGCCUCCUAUGCCUUCUGGAACAAGGAAGAUUUCUCUUCCUUCCGCACCUUCUGUGUGGCACUGGCCACCGGCUCUGGGCUGGGCUUUAUGGGGGCCACAUGGCUGCUUAGGCGGCAGGUUGAGGCAGCUGGCAGGGAGCCAGGGUGCCCAGCCUUGGCUGUGGAUGGCGGCCUGUGUGGAGAGGAGCUGCUUACGGGCUGCCAGGACGCAGGCAGCAUCACUUUGGGCCAGUACCUCCGGCAGCUGGCACGCCACCGGAACUUCCUGUGGUUCGUGGGCAUGGACCUGGUACAGGUCUUUCACUGCCACUUCAACAGCAACUUCUUCCCCCUCUUCCUGGAGCAUCUGUUGUCAGACCACAUCUCCCUCUCCACAGGCUCCUUCCUUUUGGGCAUCUCCUACGUCGCUCCCCACCUCAACAACCUCUACUUCUUGCCCCUGUGCCAGCGCUGGGGUGUCUACACUGUGGUGCGGGGGCUGUUCCUGCUCAAGCUGGGCCUGAGCCUGCUCAUGCUAUUGGCCGGGCCUGACCGCCCUGGCCUCCUCUGCCUCUUCAUUGCCAGCAACCGUGUCUUCACUGAGGGCACCUGUAAGCUGUUGACUCUGGUGGUCACUGAUCUGGUGGAUGAGGACCUGGUGCUGAACCACCGCAAGCAGGCAGCCUCAGCUCUUCUCUUUGGCAUGGUGGCCCUGGUGACCAAGCCAGGCCAGACCUUUGCCCCGCUGCUGGGCACCUGGCUGCUGUGCUUCUACACAGGUCAUGAUCUCUUCCAGCAGCCCCCACUGAACCCUGUGGGGAGUGCUCAGCCCUGGCCAGAGCCCCCGGCCCCACCCCCAGCACAGGCCCCGACACUCCGCCAGGGCUGCUUCUACCUGCUGGUGCUGGUGCCCAUCACCUGUGCUCUGCUGCAGCUGUUCACCUGGUCCCAGUUCACACUGCAUGGGAGACGCCUGCACAUGGUCAAAGCCCAGCGCCAGAACCUAUCACGGGCCCAGGCCCUGGAUGUUAAGAUGGUGUGAGGGGCGGGUACAGCAAGGUCACCCUGCUGAGGAUGCUAUCACAGCCCUGGGCAGGAGCCACUCUUGCCAACCCCUCAUCCUGCUACUCUGCCUUCCUGGGGCACAACAUCCUGCUACUCUGCCUUCCUGGGACAGAUGCAGAGUGUGGGGGAGCCCCUGGGGCUGAGCCAGGGGCAUCACUGAAGUCUCCAUUCCUGCUUGGCUGUCUGGCCCAGCUUCAGCAAGGGCCAGGCUGUAUGUGCUCAGGGACCUGCUUCCCCCUGUGGGGCAGGAGGAAGAAGAGGACCAAGAGGGGAUGGGGCUGUCCUGCGGUCACAUGGGGUUGCUAUGGGGCACAGAGGCCUAACCCACUACCUGACUGGGGCUGGUGCUCUGUGUGGGCUCAGAAGCCGCUUUCACCCAUUCAGGGGAAGCUGUGAGUCCCACUGCUCUCUCCUUCCACCUUUCCAGCAGUUUCUUUGACCUCUCUGCUUCAGCUGUGCCUGAAGUAGCAUGCCCCACCUGUGGCAGGGCUUCCUCACCCCUACCUGACCUCUAAAAGAGGUUCAUUUUAUCACAGACUGAUUAAAGUCCGUCAUUUCUAUUCCCA